UAUUGAAAAUAUUUUUCUUUUUUGGUUUUAGAACCUGAGAUUUUUCUUGAUAAACCUCAGCGCCGCAUCGACAAACACAAUCGUACUCCUGAAAACCUUGUAGAAAAAAAUGGCAUCGCCGUCACGCCGGGAAGUCCUUACUCUUUUCCGGUCACUUCUACGUACGGCGCGUGAGUUUCCCGAUUACAACGUUAGGGAAUACACUAAGCGCCGAACAAUCGAUGGGUUUCGCCAGAACAAAGACCUCUCAGAUCCUUCUAAGGUCACCGCUGUUUUCUCCGAUGGUAGGGCCCAGCUCGAGGUCGCCAAGAGACAGGCCGUAGUUUACUCUCUCUACGCACCCAAAGUCAAGAGCGUUAUGGAAUUGAACCAGUAACUCCAUUGAAUUUUCGUCAUUUUUAAUCCUUUUUUGAUAAUUAAAACAAUAGAAUAAUUAUGUGAACGUUGAAUAGUUCAGCAAUGAUGGAUGUGAAUCUCUUGAGUUAUGAAUGGUGUUUUGUAGAAAGCCCUAGGGUUUUGGUUCUCUUUUUUGUAUCAUCAAAUAUCAAAUGUGAUGAAUGUCACUACCCUGUAUUGUUGAUGUUCUUUAACUGAUAGUACUUGGUUAUGUAUUUGAAAGAAACGAUUUUCCAUAAA